UAGUCUAGCCAUUAAGCAUUAAUUAAGUUUAUUCAGAACCAAUCAAACCAAAGAACCAAUUCCAAAAAAAAAACUAUGUAUCAAACUACAUGUGCAGCUGCUGGAGUGUGUGCAGAACAAGAUCGACCAGAUCCACUAAUUUCACAAGAACCUGCAUCGCUACCUAUUGAACAUGAUUAUUCAGGAUUUGAUAUCGUUAAAGCAACACAGUAUGGAGCGAUUGCUAGGGUGCGAGAGCUUGUUGAAGCUGGGUGGGAUGUGAAUCAGCCAGAUAGUGAAACGGUGACGUUACUUCACUGGGCAGCUAUUAAUAAUCGGAGGGAUAUCAUUGGUUACUUGCUGGAAAGUGGAGCUAUUGUCGAUGCCGUCGGAGGUGAACUCAAUGCGACGCCUCUACAUUGGGCAACAAGACAAGGUCAUUUGUCAGCGUGCGUGCAAUUAAUGCAAGCUGGCGCUGAUCCUAGUUUAAGAGACACAGAAGGAUGUUCUUGCAUUCAUUUAGCAGCUCAAUUUGGACACACAGCACUUGUUGCGUACUUUAUAGCUAGAGGUGUUAAUGCAGAUUUGAGGGAUAGGGGUGGAAUGACUGCAUUGAUGUGGGCUGCCUGGAAAGUUCAAGCUCUUGAUCCAGUCCGUCUCCUUCUAACCCUUGGUGCAAAUCCAAAUCUAAUGGACUCAACGCACGGAAAUACAGCUCUUCAUUGGGCAAUUCUUGCACGCAAUACAAUAGCCAUAAAUACUCUCGUACUGAAAGAAAAAUCUUCGAUGGACAUUCCAAAUAUGCGUGGUGACACGCCACUUAAGAUGCUUCAAGCACAUAUCGGUUCCGUUUGGAUAAGUGAUAAAGUACUAGAUAAGGUGAAGGAACUAACGCAGCAACAAAGCAACCUUAAGCGCGGGCGUCGCUGCCUUGUGAGAUUAUCAAUGGACAAAAGACUCAGAUGGUGGACAAUGGUGUCACUUCCAUUCAUCUUCUUCUACAUUACUGGCAUGAUUAUUUCCGUUGACACAUAUUUCAUUAUUAAGUUAUUCCUAUGUGGAUGUCUCUAUGCUAUUGCAUCGACUGUUGGACGUAUCAUGUUUGAUGAUCAUCUCCUUACAUUGUUACCGCUUAGUAUUUAUCUUGCAACAAAACUUUGGUUCUAUAUCACGUGGCUUGUCUACAUUUCACCUAUUGUGCCGGCAUUAACGACUUUCAUCUUUCUCGUAUCCUCUGGUGGCUUGUGGUACUUCUUUCUUAAAUCAUGGCGCGGAGAUCCUGGAAUUAUUCAACCGACUAUGGAACAGAGAUUUAGAACGAUUAUUGAGUUGUCUGAGAGGGGUGGAAGUGGAUUUGAACCAUCAGCAUUUUGUAGUGCUUGUUUGGUUAGGCGACCGGUGAGAUCGAAGCAUUGUAGUGUCUGUGACCGGUGUGUAGCUCGGCUGGAUCAUCACUGUCCUUGGGUCGGUAACUGUAUUGGCGCCAAAAAUCACAUACAUUUCAUUGGAUUUCUCUUUAUGUUGAUCAUCAUGUGCUCGUGGAUGUUGUAUGGAGGUUUCAUGUAUUACACAGCAACUUGUGGAAUCAAUUAUGAGGAUGGACUGUGGGCAGCUCUUCAAGUUGUGAAUUCUUGUACGCCAUGGAUAGGAUGGGUUAUGCUCAAUGCUUGUUUGCACUUUAUUUGGGUUACGAUUUUGUUGAUUUGUCAAAAAUAUCAGAUUGUGUGCUUAGGAAUGACAACGAAUGAGAGAAUGAACAGGGAUAGGUACCGCCACUUCAUAGCUAAAGGAGGAAAGUCACCAUUCGAUCGAGGUCCAUGGAAGAACUUAAUUGACUUUUUCGAGUGCAAACUCUUCGGACUUGUAAAGCCACAGUAUAAAAAUUGGUUGACAUUCUUCUGGUCUGAUUUUGACAACGACAACAAAGAUUCAGUAGAAGUGGAACCACUGCUGAGAGCAACGGACAAUUAUCAAUAUGUAUGAAUAAAGAGACGAGGUCGAGGUGUUGGCGAAAGAAAGUAAAACAAAAAUCAUAAAUUUGAACUUUUGUUGCAUUUUUAGAAAGUUAAGAAAAUUUAUUUUUGCUUAAAAAAAG